GCUGCUGUUUUGUGCUGCUACUUCUGGGACAUACGGACGAUUUGCGCCCAAUAAUAGCCCAAGUGCUUGCUUCUACAAGAGUUUAGUCAGUGAUCUUUAGCCGUGGACGUAACAACGCGUAUUGGGGCCUAACGGAAAAAGAAAGAAAACAAACGAAUUAGUACAAAAUGUCCAAAAACAACGGUGAAACCAAAUUCGUCCCCACAGAAUUUCAAUUCUAUUCGCCUAAGGAAAAGCAGUCAUUCGGACAAUUUCUACACAACUCAAAAGAUGGCACCUAUUUGGGUCGUACACCAAAAAGUUGGGCACAAUUGUUGACAUUUUACUCCAUCUUCUAUGUGGUCUUAGCUGGUCUAUUCGCCAUCUGUAUGCAGGGUCUGUUCUCCUCAUUGGAUGAAAAUGCACCCAAAUGGAAAUUGGAUAAGUCGUUGAUUGGUACAAAUCCCGGUUUGGGCUUCCGUCCCAUUAGCGAUGACACACAACGUGGUUCAGUCAUUCAAUUCGAUACCAAAAUUGCUGCUGAAAAACAAUACUGGAUUGAUUUGUUGAAUAAUUUCAUGCAGAGCUACAAUGAAAGCCAACAUACUGGCAAGGUGUGCUCCUUCAAUCAAACCCACAAUCCCGAAGAUGUCUGCACUGUUGAUAUUGAACAAUUUGGCAGCUGUUCGCCCAGCAAUUCCUAUGGCUACAACAACUCACGUCCCUGUGUAUUCUUGAAAUUGAACAAAAUCUACGAUUGGGUACCAGAAUACUAUGACAACCCCGCUGAUUUGCCCGAAGAUAUGCCCGCCCAAUUGAAAGAACACAUUAAGGCUGUUCCAGAACAUGAGCGUCAACAAGUUUGGGUAUCCUGCAAUGGCAACAACGCCAAGGAUCAAGAAGAUUUCGGCACUGUCAAAUACUACCCCUCUCAAGGUUUCCCCGCCUACUACUAUCCAUAUCUGAAUCAAAAGAACUAUUUGAGUCCUUUGAUUGCUGUACAAUUCGAACAGUUACCCGUCAAUAAAAUGAUCAACAUUGAAUGCCGUGCCUGGGCCAAGAACAUCCUUUACAAUGGCAGUGUACGCGAUCGUAUGGGUUCCGUUACCUUCCAACUCUUCAUCGAUUAGAGAUUGCAAGAAUGGUAGCAAUUAUU